AUGUUCGUCCUGCGGUUUUCAACAUCAAAUCCUCUGGCUGCAUCCUCAUCUGGCAUCAGUUUCAAUACUGGUAAUGAAAACCAGAUUUCAACCGUCGAUGAUCCAUUUUUCGCUAUAAAUACGCAUUGCGAAUUGGACCAAGGCAUCAUUGGGUUCAAUACCUACGACACAGUAACAUCUUUCGUCAGUUUGCCUAGUUUGCUAGUACGAAAGAACCAAAUCUACAGCAUGAAACUCUUCAUUGGCGCCCUCUCCCUUUGCCUGGUGGCCUUUGCCGCAGCUCAAUCGUUGGAUGCCGCUGUGCAGGAUCCUUCCGCCGAGUACUUGCCACCCGUUGGAGAUGCUGAGGCUGCCGCAUUGUCGGACGAUGGUUAUCGGUACAAGACGGUGCGCCGUUUGAAAUUGCGUCAUCGCCGCGAGGUGCCCAGCCAGGAGUAUCUGCCACCCAACCAGGAGUAUCUGCCGCCCGUUGAUGGUGGCGAGGUUGCCGAAACGAAGGUUGCCGAUGAUGGUUACCGUUACAAGACCGUGCGCAAGCUCAAGUUCCGUGCCCGUCAUCGUCGCGAUGUCUCCGAAAUUGCCGCACCCUCCAGCGAGUAUCUGCCCCCGGUUGAUGUUGAGCUUGCCCCCGAGCUGAAGACUGUGCUGGGCGCCGAUGGUUACCGUUACAAGACUGUGCGCAAACUCAAGUUCCGUCGCCAUCGUCGUGAGGCUGACCCAGCUGAGGAUGCUGCCGCCGCUGAGGCAACCAACGGUGAAUAUCUGCCACCCGCAGAGACACCCGCCGCCGCCGAUACCGUUGAGGUCAAGUCCGCCGAUGUGCCCGCCGAGGGCACCGAGGUUGGCAAGGAUGGCUACCGCUACAAGACCGUCCGUCGCAUCCGCUACCGUUACCGUCAUUAA